CGGUCAUCAUCCCUUUCCAUCUGACAAGAAAGAAGAGACGAUCCGACCGACAACGCACAACUAAGAAAUCUCGUGUACCCUCAGCCGACAUCUCAAGCCCUGCCUAACGAGCUACUCUGUCCUACAAUCCGCAAUGCCGCUCUCCCGCCAUCCAGUCCUCCCUUGGGUCUCCACGUUCUUUGGCACAGUCUGCUUCGGCUUUGGCGUCGCCUACGUGUUCUACCCGCGUCCCGCAUUCGCAACCUUCGGCUUCCCGUAUCCGGAGACGCCGGCUGAUCUCGAGUUGAUGGACGCUGUGAUACGACUGUUCGGGAUGAAAGAUCUAUUCGUGGGCUUUGCGAUUUGGAUGGCAACAUGGGGGGGAAGUAGGAAGUUGGCUGGAGCGAUGCUUACAGCUGGAAGUGUGUGCGCGACAGUUGAUGGGUAUGUGGUUAAGAGCGUGGCGGGGACGGGAGAGUGGAAUCACUGGGGUUAUGGAAGUGUGAUGGGGAUGCUUGGGCUUGUUAUAAUGGGCAUUCUGGGUUGAGCAGUGUUGCGUAGAAUGAGUGGGGGAGAGACUUGGCCGCGUUUCCAAGGUCAUCGCGUCAAAGUAAUGCUGGGAACCUAGAGGGGCUGCAUGUACCGAGUGAAUGUAACGGCACGUGAUAGUAGGCGCGGCACACAGAAAUUGUACCUCAUAUUUACCUUGCUAUUCAUCUAAAAAAAAC